AUGGCUUCUUCACCGGAGUGUAUAACCUGGAUGGUUGUAGGCCUGACUGAAUCUGUCGUCAUAAUAACACUGAAUUCUUUGACAGUGAUUGCAUUUUGUAGAGAUCGUAAUCUUUGUAAACGAUCCACAUACUUGGUGAUAAACUUGGCAGUUGCAGACAUGUUAUCCGGGGGAACUUCUCCACUCGACCUCUUCUAUAAUGUUGGAGCGAUAUGUAACUUCUGGAGGCUCAAAACUGUGUCUUGUUAUCAGAUACCACAGGUCUUACUCCUCUGGUUCCUAUUGACUUCUCGGAUGGCCUCUUCACCGGAGUGUAUAACAUGGAUGGUUGUGGGCCUGACUGAAUCUGUCACCAAAAUAGCUUUGAAUUCUUUGACAGUGAUUGCAUUUUGUAGAGACCGUAAUCUUCGUAAAAGGUCAACGUACUUGGUGAUAAGCUUAGCAGUUGCAGACAUGUUAUCCGGGGGAAUUUCUCCAGUCUACCUUUUCUAUAAUGUUGGGGUGAUGUGCAACUUCUGGAGGUACAAUUCAAAACAUUGGCAUAAGAUACCAGUGGUCUUAAUCAUCUGGUUUCUCGUUUGUUCUUUAACAAAUAUGACUGUUAUUCCUAUAGAACGCUUGAAUGCAACGUUUUGGCCUUUCAGACAUCGUAUGAUCAAAAAGUCAGUCUACUGGGUUCUUAUAAUCGCCAUCUGGUUGACAGCAUUACUCUUUUCAUGUGCGUUAGAAAUGAUGAUUUACUAUAGACGUGAAUGGGACUAUUAUUUAUACACUUGGAGUUCAUUAAUGUCAAUUUGUCUUUUGGUCAUUUGUGUUUCUUACGUCUUUAUUGUUGUCAAGUUUCGCCCGGUAAAUCAGCCUCGACACCACGGAGCGGCAAAUAGGGAAAGGAAACUAACCUUGACGGUGUUCACCGUGACAUCUCUCUCUCUCCUAUUUUGGCUGCCUUAUAUCAUAACUUUUUUUCGGUUUUUUCCCACUAACAUUUUAAGUUCCUUGUCUGAAAUAGCGCUUUUCCGUUUGUACUCUGUUUCAAUCUUCUUGCUUUACGCAAACUCUUUCUUAAAUCCGAUAUUGUAUACUAUGAGAAUGCCAGGUUUUAGGCGAGCUCUAAAAAUGUUAUGUCGCCAACGACCCCAGACACACAGACAGGUUGAGAUCAUUCCCCUCCCUGAGAUUAACUCACAAACUUGA